UUUCGAUCCUGAUCCAUUUUAAAAUCGUCAGAUUGGGUCAGAUCGAUGUUAGUUUAUUAGUUGUACUCUUGUUAAUAAAAAUCACCUAGAUUGGCGUUUAGUGAUUGAAAAUUACUGGCAUAUCUGCUGAAGUAUAACAACAGUUACAGGAGUGAUAAUUGGAAAUUUAACACAGCAGAAUGGCAGAUCAAGGAUUUCCUGAUCAGCACACUACAACAGUCACAUCAUCUAAUACCACUGUGCAGACAAAUAUUCGUUAUGACCCCCUUUACAUUCGGACCAUUCCAGGGAUGCUGAAAAUAGCACAGAUUGUGCUGAAUCUUUUGGGUUUCAUUUGUAUUACAGUAUCAUAUGGAGCAAUAUCAUCACGUGGCAGCUGGUUUAAUACUGUGGCCAUGGGUGGAUUUUGGUUCACUGGAAUACUAUUGGCUUUGUACCUGUUUCAUGUAAUUGAGAAGUUCUAUAGGAUUCCAUGGUUGAAGAUAGAAUUUGUGUUUUGUACUAUUUGGACAUUCUUCUAUCUUCUGGCAGCUGCCGAUGGCAAAUAUGAUGAAGCAUUUGGAGCAGCUGCGUUCUUUGGUUUUGUGGCCAUGAUUGCAUAUGGCUAUGAUGCAUUCCUGAAGUUCAAUGCUGUCCGUUCAGGUGCUCUAGCUCAGGGUGAACGUGUUGUCACCAAAUCUUCAAGUACAGUUACCUCACCAGCAUACUGAAAUAAAGCUGGUUUUUCUUCAUGUCUCUUCAGUAAUGCUGCUUUAUCACAUGUGAGGCUUGGACAGUAAAUGCAAAUAAUAAGGAUCAUGAGGACUGAGUACUUGCAAGAAAAUGA